CCUACAGACCGGAGUUUUUAGUCGCGAGACCCACCGACAAGCGGUUUAUGUGAACUUGAGCGGCAGUGUACCAUGCUUGGAGUUGUAACAGCCACAGUAAGUAGCCUAUGGAUGCGCCUGGCCCUGUAACAGGCAGGCCUACGCUUUCGGAAACGAAGACGAGCAACCUUUCGAGUCAACACCCUGCAGGCUGUGAGCGCUGACCAGUCGCCCGGCUGGACCGCAGCGCAGAGCAGCGGAACCCUCAUGAGGCCACGGAACCCGGGGCUGCGCAGCGUUCCACGGCUCUGACCACCAUGGGCUCGGUCCAUCUCCAGAACCCCGCCCACCCGGCUGCGCUGCUCCACAAGGCCAAUCAGAUGCGUCUGUCCGGCACGCUGUGCGACGUGGCGAUCGUGGUGGACGGCCGGGAGUUUCGGGCCCACCGCACGGUGCUGGCCUGCACCAGCAAGAUGUUCGAGAUCCUGUUCCACCGCGAGAGCGCACGGUACACGCUGGACUUCCUGUCGCCCAAGACGUUCGGCCAGAUCCUGGAGUACGCAUACACGUCGACGCUGCAGGCGCGCCUGGAGGACCUGGACGACCUGCUGUACGCCGCCGAGAUCCUGGAGAUGGAGUUCCUGGAGGAGCAGUGCCUGAAGAUCCUGGAGACCGUGCAGACGGCCGCCGAGGCCGACAGCGAGGCCGCCACCGCUGACCAGGAGCGCCGGAACGCUGGCGGGACCGUCAGGACGAGUGCGCGGACCAGGGAUGCGGCCGGGACGGACAUCGCUGCAGCUGCCCCCCCACCCACCGCCGCCGACGCCAUGAACAGACUGGGUACCAACACCAGCACCUCCCAGAGUUCCUCUGUGCCGGCGUCGUUUGGAGCCUCCGCCCCAAACGCUUACAUUAGCCAAUCACUGUUGAGGGGGGAGGGCCUGAGCUCAGGUUUAGCCAAGGGUCUAAAUUCCGCUCGUCACCAUGGGAAACACCAUCCCAUAACACCGUCAGACAUCAAGACUGAGGACGAGGCCAUGCAAGUGGACAUGGCAGGUGAAGUCCGUGUGGCGAGAGGAAGUGUCAUCACCAGCGCACGUCACCUUAGCCACUCCCCCGAGGAGGGAUCAGGUGGGGCCGAGGCCGCCAAGGCCGAAUCAGGGUUAAUGGGCGUGGCCUCUUUUUAUGGCAUGCCUCCUGUCACAGCCAAUCACAUUCCACAGUUACAAGUGGGCCCGCCCUUCCACAUGCAGCUGGAUUUUGGACACUAUGGUGGCCUACUGCCGCCAAACUUCCUGCAGAGGGACUUUCUCAGCAAGCUGGUCGGAAUCACUGCCAGCGAUUGCCGUCGCCGUGACAACAGGUGUGAUGUGUGCGGGGUGGAACUGCCGGACGAGGAGACUCUGGAGCAGCACAGGAAACUUCAUAAUGAGGUCAGAAGUUAUGGAUGUGAAGUCUGUGGCAAAACAUUCCUGGACAGUCUUCGACUGAGAAUGCACAUGUUGUCCCAUACAGCUGGAGAAAAAGCCAUCGUGUGUGACCAGUGUGGAGCUCAGUUCCAGAAAGAAGAGGACUUGGAGACCCACAAACAGAUACACACAGGUUCCGACAUGGCUGUGUUCUGCCUGCUGUGUGGGAAGCGGUUCCAGACGCAGUCAGGCUUGCGGCAGCACACAGAGACGCAUGCCGGCCUGCGUAGCUACGUCUGCACCGACUGCGACUGCACCUUCCCCAGCAACACCGCCCUCAAGAGACACCUGCGCUCACACACAGGUGACCAUCCCUUUGAGUGUGAGUUCUGCGGCAGCUGUUUCCGUGACGACACAACGUUGAAGGGUCAUAAGCGCAUCCACACCGGAGAGAAGCCCUACCAGUGCAACAGCUGCGGCAAGAAGUUCAGCCUCAAACAUCAGCUGGAGACCCAUUACAGAGUACAUACAGGAGAGAAGCCGUUUGAGUGCAAGCUGUGCCACCAGCGCUCGCGUGACUACUCGGCCAUGAUCAAGCACCUGCGCACGCACAACGGCGCCUCGCCCUACCAGUGCACCAUCUGCCAGGAGUACUGCCCCAGCCUGUCCUCCAUGCAGAAGCACAUGAAGAACCACAAGCCCGAGGACGUGCCCGCCGACUGGCGCAUCGAGAAGACCUACCUUUACCUGUGCUACGUGUGAGCCAGACGGCCCAUCACUCACCCCACAUGGAGAGGGAGGGGUGCGGGGAGUGUGUGUGUGUCUGUGUGUGUGUGUGUGUGUGUGUCUGUGUGUAUUCAUGUGUGUGUAUGUGUGUGUGUGAGAUGGUAGAGAGCAGACACAGCAGUACCUGUGCUGCGUUUGACACAUGGCAUCUUUGCACCAGCGUCUCAGGACCAGCAGGGGGCGAUAGUGUGGGUUAGGGUGGGCAUUAGCAGAGUGUGUAAGUCAGUUACCUGGAUGGCAUCUGCAGGGCUGGCAGAAACACGCAUGCACGCACACACACACACACACACACACACACACACACACACACACACACACACACACACACACACACAACAACACACACACACACACACACUAUUCUGGCUGUGAGCACUGAAGCCGGUAAGAAUAGAGAGAGGGACAGAGGUAUGGUGGAGGACAAGAGAACGAUGGGAUGAAUAGGGACAGGAAGAAGAAGGGACAAUGAAUAUCUAAAGAUUAUAUUCACAUCACAACACAACACACACACACACACACACAGACACACACAGAUAGAGAGAGAGAGGCACGUCAUGUGUUCUGCAGUUUCAGUCAAAACAAACACACAAACACAUAUCUGUACACACACAGCAAGUAGGACAUGAUGAAUUACAUAAUAUUCAUUACAAAUUUAAAUCUAAAGAAAUGCUGUAACAAUUCAGGAGUGUGUGUUUGUGUGUGUGUGUCUGCGUGUGUCUGUCUUUGUGUGUAUCUGUGUCUUUCUGUCUGUGUGUGUGUGUGUGUGUCUUUCU